AUGGAAAUUGGAAUGAACGCCUUUCCACCACACAAAACACCCUUAGUCGGCUCCUGUCUCUGUUACCUCCAGCACAAAUCCAACAUGUCUGAUCUUCUCUCCUUUCUCCUUCUCUCCCUCUUCUUUGCACCAAAGUUAGCCGUUGCUGCCACUGAACUAAGGCAUGGGUACUACUCAGAGACGUGUCCUGAGGCCGAGUCAAUCGUGCGGACGGUGAUCCACCAAGCCAUGAUCCGAGAGCCCAGGAGCGCCGCCUCCGUCAUGAGGCUUCAGUUCCACGACUGCUUUGUGAAUGGAUGUGAUGGGUCUGUGUUAUUGGAUGACACACCCACCAUGCUGGGGGAGAAGCUGGCCUUGUCCAACAUCAACUCGCUCCGGGAUUUUGAGGUGAUCGACGAGGUCAAGGAGGCGUUGGAGCAGCGAUGCCCGGGGGUCGUCUCGUGCGCCGAUAUCAUCAUCAUGGCCGCAAGAGAUGCAGUUGUACUGAGUGGAGGGCCCAGCUGGGAAGUGAAACUAGGCAGAAAGGAUAGCUUAACAGCCAGCCAAGAUGACUCCAACAAUAUCAUGCCAAGUCCUAGAGCCAACGCAACCUCCCUCAUUGAACUCUUCUACCAAUUCAAUCUAAGCAUCAUUGAUUUGGUUGCCCUCUCAGGUUCUCACUCCAUCGGCGAAGCUAGAUGCUUCUCCAUAGUCUUCCGUCUCUACAAUCAAUCUGGAACCGGCCGGCCUGAUCCAAACAUGAACCCUGAGUAUCGAAAGAAGCUGGAUGAAUUGUGUCCAAAAGGUGGGGAUGAGAAUGUGACCGGCGGGCUCGACGCAACCCCGGUCGUGUUUGAUAACCAGUACUACAAGGACUUGGUUCAGAUGAAGGGAUUCCUCAACUCUGAUCAAACUUUGUAUUGUGGAGAUGCUAGGACUAGAAAGGUGGUUAAAAAGUUCAGCAAGGAUCAGGGAGCAUUCUUCUCAGCCUUCAUCAAAGGAAUGGUUAGGAUGGGUGACUUGCCAUCAGAUAAGAGAGGGGAGAUCAGGAAGAAUUGUCGAGUGGUGAACGACCAUCCAUUCCAUACAACCUUGUAGAAUUCUUAGAAAUGAAGAAUGGUCCAAGGACUUGUGGAAACUAGCGAAUGGAUAAAGGACACGUUCAUGGAAGAAUAUAUGAUCUUUUCUCAUAUAACAUAAGAUAAUCAUUUAUAUAUUA